GCCUCUUAACUCUACUGCUUUGUUUUGAGCGGAAUUCAAGAUGGCGGACGCUGAAGAAACAAAACCAGCAACCUGCACGUUUCUUUUCAAGAAAUCAACCAAGAAAUUCUCUGCGCGGAAAAGAAAAGCCAGUGACAGCGACAAAGAGAGAAGCAGCGAUGAGGAGAAAAACGCCGUGGUGAAAAGAGAGAAGAAACCCAGCUCUCACAAUCCCAUGAUACAGCGGACCAAGAAGGUGGAAAGAGAAGUGGUUUCCUCCAGUGAAAGUGAUGACGACAGAGAAGCCAGGAAGAUCACCGUGGCUUAUAAAUCCACUCGCUCGGCGAAACCAGAAGGACCAGACGACAUGGGAGCCACCGCCGUGUACGCGCUGGACACCGAGAGAGAUAAAGACGCUCAGGCCAUCUUUGAACGCAGCCAGAAAAUUCAGGAGGAACUGCAAGGUAAAGACGAUGAUAAAAUCUACCGCGGCAUCAACAACUAUCAGAAAUUCAUUAAGCCUAAGGACACCACCAUGGGUAAUGCAUCGUCUGGCAUGGUCAGGAAAGGACCAAUCAGAGCCCCUGAGCACCUGAGAGCUACAGUGCGGUGGGACUAUCAGCCCGACAUAUGCAAAGAUUACAAAGAGACAGGCUUCUGUGGAUUUGGAGACAGCUGCAAGUUCUUGCACGACCGCUCCGAUUACAAACACGGCUGGCAGAUCGAGAGGGAGCUGGAGGAGGGACGAUACGGCGCUAACGAUGAAGAAAACUACGAGGUGAGCAGUGACGAGGAGGAUCUGCCUUUCAAGUGCUUCAUCUGCAGGGAUUCGUUCAAGAACCCAAUUAUAACAAAGUGUAGACAUUAUUUCUGCGAGGCCUGCGCUCUGCAGCACUACCGCAAGUCCAAGCGCUGCUACGUCUGCAACCAACAAACCAACGGAGUCUUCAACCCAGCCAAAGAGUUGAUUGCGAAGAUGCAGAAACAACAGGCUCCUGCAGACCAACCACCUUCAGACGAGGAAGACUAGCAUUCCCAUCACCUCCAUCCCCUUCUUGCUGUUCCCUUUUCCCCCUGAACAUUUCCCCAGUUUUGUAAAUUAAUUGUCAAAAAUAAAUUCUCUCUUUUUUUAACAA